AUUACGACAUUUACUAUUCAAAGUGACUUGAAAACUCCUUUAAUCAAUAGUUCAACUCGAAUUGUAAUAUUAUGGGCUGAUUCAAUUUAUACAUCUUUAAUUUUACAAUAUGCUCUUGAUUACAAUGUACUUGGUCCAAAGUUCAUAUGGAUAUUAAGCUCAAAUGCUCUAUUGAAUUCUUUUAAUCAAUCAUUCUAUCAAAACUUAAUUGGAAUACUUACUAUAGAACCUACAGUAGGAGCUAUUGUCAAUGCAUCAAUAAAUACAACAUUAUUAAAUGCAGCAUAUAAUAUUUGGCAACAAUAUGAACCUGAAUCAUUUCCUGGAGCAGCAGAAGUGAAUUAUUAUGCGCUAUUUGCAUUUGAUGCAACUUGGUCAUUAAUUCAAUCAUUACAACAACUUUGUUCAAUAACUACAAAUAGUUCUUCAUCAUGUAUAUCAAUUCUCAACUCUUCAUUCUGUUUUGAUUAUCGUGUUCUUAAUGCCAACUCUUUUUUUGAUACAAUUAUUAAUACUGAAUUUCUUGGUGUAUCUGGUCCAAUACAAUUUAGUAUCAAUGUAACAGAUCGAAUAAAUGGUAGUUAUUAUUUGCUACAAAAUGUUCAACCUUCUUCUAAUAGUGUAGCAUAUGUGCCAGUAUUGAAAUGGUCUGAUUCUAGCAAUUGGACAGAAUAUGCAUUAACAAAUCUAAUUGUAUGGCCUGGUAAUUCAUCAAUACCGCCUACCGGUCGUGCACUACUUUCAAGUAUCAGUGUACGGAUCGGUAUUAUUGAAUCAGCUCCAUUCACGAUGAUCAAUUCUACAAUAGAUGAAAAUGGACAAAUCACAACAAAGUAUGUUGGUUAUAUACCUGAUCUUAUUGAUCUUUUACAGGCGAAGAUGGGAUUUAUUCCUAAUCUUAUACUAACACCUUCAAAUCAAACCUAUGAUCAAAUAAUCCAAGCAGUGAAAAAUGGUCUCUAUGAUAUAGUGGUAGGUGAUGUCACAAUUACUGCUAACCGAAGAAAAUCUGUUGCUUUUUCGCGUUCAAUAUUUGAUAAUUCUUUACGUCUUAUUCUUCGAAAACAACGCCCUGUUAGAGUAGAUCUUGUAUCUUAUUUGAAGCCAUUCUCAUUGAAACUCUGGAUGCUAAUCUUGGUUUCUCUUAUCUAUGCUGCUGUCUUAAUAUGUCUAAUAGAACGACAAAAUAAUGAAUCCUUGCAAGAUAGAUCAAUAAUUUCAUCAUUUGCAAUGAGUUUAUGGUAUUCUAUUGGGAAUCUGAUGGGAUAUGGUGGUGAUAUGCAACCUUCAACAGCGGCUGGACGCUUAUUAACUGUUGGUUUAUACCUUUUAAGCUUGAUAUUAGCAGCAACAUAUGUUGCGAACUUAGCAUCUAAUCUAACAUUAACUAAAUCCGCGAAUAUGAUUUCUGGAAUUGAUGAUAUUAAAAAUGGCGAGAUACCAUAUAGUAAAAUAGGUAUUCGCUUAGGUACAGCUAGUGAAGAUUAUUAUUUACAACAAAUCUCUGCAUUCAGUCGAAAUUUUCGUGCAUUAAAAUCUCAACAAGACCUAUACGACAGUCUACUCAGUGGUGUCAUCGAUGCAUCUUUUUUGGAUAGCGGUGUUGCAGAAUAUAUAACUAAUAAUGUAUAUUGUAAUUUAACUUUAGUUGGAGCAGAUUUUGAUAAGAGUGAAUUCGGUAUUGUUAUUCCUAAAGAUUGGGCAUAUGAGCAAGAUUUAGAUGUAAAUAUAUUAGCAUUAAGAGAAUCAGGUGAACUUGAUCGUUUAGAAGAGAAAUGGUUUCAAAAAAAUGGUUGUCCUGAUUCAUCUAAUUCACCUGAUUCAUCUGAUGAGUCUGCUCUUCAUAUGAGCAUCGAAGCAAUGAGUGGAUUAUUUGUUACAUAUGCAGUCAUUACCAUUCUAUCAUUAUUAUUAUUCGCAUGGACAAAAAGGUUUCUUAUAAAAGAUAUUAUAUUGAAACUAAUGCGUCGAAAGGCUUUAUUAGUCGAACCAAAUGUUUCCGAAACAAGACAUUCCACUGUGCUUGUUAAACGAGCACACAAUAUUCUUUACAGUGAAGAAGUAAGUUUAAUGGUAGGUCUUGGCCCAUUAACUUCUAUCUAUUCUUCAGCAGCAUCAUGA